ACUGUUGCAAAGGCUCUGUCACCGUUUCGUUUUUAGGCCUGGCUGCUGAGUCAAAAGUGAAGCAAGAUGGCGAAUGCAGUGAAAGCGAGUUCGUUGUACAGAUUUAUGACACAUAAACGUAAAGUUUUAUCAUUGUACAAAAAAUCCCUUCGACAUUUGGAAGCUUGGUGCUACAAUUUAGGAAGGCCUCAUUAUUGCUACGAGCGAACACUUUUGCGGGCAAGAUUUGAUCAACAUAAAGAUGAACCAAGUGAAAACAGAGCAGCACAGCUUUUACGACUCGGUGAAGAAGAGUUCUGGGAAAAUCAAAGUCCCGAUCCAAUCGUGUGGCCAAAUGACGGUGUUGAGCCAGGUGUAUUAUUUGAACGCCUCAAUAAAUACAAGAUUCCUGAGCACUACAUCGAAUUUUGGAGUGCGGAAGAAAAGGCUAUGUUUCCCGAUUUCCUUGCCAAACGAGAAAAAUGGAUAGAAAUCCGAAAACAGACCUGGGAAGAAGAAAUGAAAAUAUUGCAAGAAUGGGAUAAAAAAAAUAUUGAAGAAGGAGUUCCUAUGACUGACCAAUUACCAGCAGCUAAGGAGAAAGACGGAUAUCCGCCUUUUUGGUGGCACACUGUUACAAGGCCUUUAGAACAGCCAGAGAGAAUGACAUGGUUUCCAAGAACAGCAAAUACUUCUUAAAUUUCACUUUUUUUCUCUCUAUCAAAUAUAGGUUUUUCUUGACUUGUGCAUA